AUGCGCUUCAAAGCUUACACUUUCCAGGGAGGUGAACAUGAUAGCAACCACAAGUUCUCGAUCUCAGGAGGAACACUCCAAGUGACACUCCCUGCCGUGAGAGUCCUGAAGGGACAGCUGCCGUUUCUUAUGCUCAGCUCGUUCAGCGGGGGCGUGGGCUACCAGACGAAGUCGCAGCACGAGGGCGGUGGAAAAAUGAUGCGCGGCCCCCCAGAGGACGCGGGGGUAUGGGGCAUUGACCUUUUGCCAAACUUACAAUCCGAUGACAAUGCCGGGAAGACCAGCACGCUGAACAUGCUGACGGGGGCGGUGCUCCCCUCUGGCGGACAAGCAUUUCUGGGGGGCUACGACGUCGUCCAGGAGCAGCGGAAGGUGCGGCGCCUUCUCGGCUUCUGCCCGCAGCACGACGCACUUCUCGACCGCCUCACGGUUCGGGAGCACCUCGAGCUUUUUGGACGAAUCAAGGGCAUCCCCAGUCACGCGAUCAAGGAGCUCUGUGACCAGAUGAUGCAGGACCUGUCCCUCUCGCCACACGUGGACAAGCUGGCCAUGACCCUGAGCGGCGGGAACAAGCGGAAGCUCUCCCUGGCCAUUGCACUGAUGGCGUCCCCACCGUUGGUCUUCCUGGAUGAGCCGAGUACCGGCGUGGAUCCAGCUGCCCGGCGGCUUAUGUGGCAUGUCAUCUCGGCCGUCUCAACGAUGCGGCGAGAAAGCACGGUCAUCCUCACAACGCACAACAUGGAGGAGGCCGAGGCCCUGUGUUCCAGAGUGGGCAUCAUGGUCGGCGGGAGGCUGCGCUGCUUCGGCAGCAACCAGCGUUUGAAAGCUCGCUUUGGGCAAGGCUAUCAGCUGGAGGCCCGCCUGUGCGCAGCUACGCGCGGGGAGUGCGAGAGCUUCGUGCGGGAGCUGCAGCUCCCGGAGAAACUCGAUGCGUCCGCCGUGACGGAGCAGUGUGCCGCUGCUGGAAAACCAGGUCGCGCUCACCUUAUCCGGCAAGGCUGCGAGGAGGGCUACGCCGUCUACGACAGCCUCAGUCGGGAAGGAUCGAUCUCCGCGCUGCACUUCGCGGAGUGGUGGCUCUUUGAGGACAGCGCUGCCAUGCUAAAUGCCUUCCUGGAGCGGCACUUCCCGGGUACGGUGGCGCUGGAGAGGCACGAGCACAACUUCCGCUUCCGCCUCCCUGCCCAGAGUUCGCUCGGCGAGGUUUUCCGACUUCUCGAGGAGUCCAGGAGGCAGCUGUCACUGGAAGACUACGGUGUCAGCCAGACGAGCCUGGAGCAGAUCUUCAACGACUUCGCGGCCAUGCAGCAGGAGGAGACCGGCCCUGUGCAAGGCCUCUUCGUCGAAGGGCGCCAGGUGCAGACGAACGGAGCGGAAGUGGAUGCCAGGGCAGGAUCUGUGGAACUCAUCUCAUCCCCCGCAUGA